AUGGCUACCCCUAGUGUCCUCGCUUUUGACGCUGAGGGUCGGGCCAUUGACUUUGACGUCUGGAUAGAUGACCUGCAGCUUUUCUUACAGUGCGAUAGGGCAGACGGCCUCUCCCUCUUUGACCUCACUUCUGGUGCCUCUCCUGCCCCCGCCACUGAUGCUGACGCAACUGUUCGCUCCCAGUGGGCCACGCGCGAUGCUGCUGCACGUCUUGCUGUGCGUCGCCACCUGCCUACUUCUGAGCGUGCGCACUUUAGCCAGUACAAGAGUGCUCAGACCUUGUACGACGCUGUAGUUGCACGCUACUCCUCCCCUGCCACUGCUGCACUGAGUCGCCUCAUGCUACCGUACCUCUUCCCUGACCUUGCUGCCUUUCCCACAGUCGCUGACCUCAUUACGCACCUACGCUCUAGUGACACUCGCUACCGCGCUGCGCUUCCUGCUGAGUUCUGCGCCAAGAACCCCCCCCCCAUGUACAUCACCCUCUACUACAUAGUCACCCGGCUCCCUGACUCCCUUCGCGUAGUCAGGGACCACUUCCUCUCAGUUUGCCCCACCACUCUCACCGUUGACCUCCUCGAGAAGUCCCUCCUAGCAGCAGAGAAGAGCAUAGUAGCUGUAGGAGCCUCUCGUGGUGACCCUCGCACCCCCAUCUUUGAGAGUCGGUCGGUGCGGCGUCUACCCCUAGCGGGAGACGCCGCCCUGGCAAGGGCAAGGGGGGCAGGGGCGCUGGAGGAGCUAGCGGGGGCGGUGGAGGCGGCAGUGGAGGAGGUGGAGGAGGUGGCGGUGGCGGUGGGGGUGGUGGCGGGGGUGGAGGUGUCGGUGGCGGCAGUGGAGGCGGAGGCGGCAGCGGCAGUGGCGGAGGGAGCGGAGGUGGCGGCGGUGGAGGAGGAGGCGGCGGAGGAGGUGGAGCUGGUCGGGGUGGCGCUGCGCAGAGGGUCGGCUCCGGUGGUGUGA